AGAACAGAGUAAUGGUUAUUAGAGGGGAAGGGUGGAGGUGGGGUAUGAGUAAAGGGGAUCAACUGUGUGAUGACAGAUGGAAACUACACUUUUGGUGGUGAGCACACUGUAGUGUGUGCAGACGUUGAAAUAUAACGUUGUACCCAUGAAACAUAUAAUGUUAUAAACCGUUGUUACCUCAGGUAAAAGUAAAGCAAUAAAUUAAAGAAAUUUUUUAAAAAGAAAGGCCAUUUUAGGUAAUUGAGAGCAGCUGGGGGAGAUGCCCUUGGAAAGGGCAAGGUGGAUCUUGUCGCCCUUGAAAUCAUCUGCGCUUAAAAGCAGAGCACGCAGGCCCAAAGCAGUAAGCAAGCCUAGUGGGAGGAGGAGAUGGUGGAGGGGUCUCUGGGCCCCAAAGAUUAAGAACAAUUUCAUCAGACAUAAGGAUUUUAUUUGUUUUUGGUUUUUUGCAGGACGCGAGCCUCUCACUGUUGUGGCCUCUCCCGUUUCGGAGCACAGGCUCCAGACGUGCAGGCUCAGCGGCCAUGGCUCACGGGCCCAGCCGCUCCGCGGCAUGUGGGAUCUUCGCGGACCGGGGCACAAACCCGCGUCCCCUGCAUCGGCAGGCAGACUCUCAACCACUGCGCCACCAGGGAAGCCCAGACGUAAGGAUUUUAGACCAGAGAAGAAAUGAGUAAAAACAGGGACGGAGGUUCCAGCCAGCCUGCUGAGGCCAAUAGGAAUACCCAGAGUAUGAGUGGCCCAUCAGACAUGCCCUCCAUGCCCUAUGGCCAGAUGAGGGACCAGGCCCUCGGAAACCGUAGCAUCCACACCCAGCUGAUGGAGAUGGUGCUGUCCUUGCGGCAGACCGUGGAGGAUAACAUCACGCAGCUGAUGACCAGGCACCAGCAGCAGGACCUGGCGCUGGAGAAGCAGAGGCACAAUCAGGCCGUCAGGGACCAGGAGGCCUUCCUGGGUCACUUAAUGUUCCAGAUGCUCCACUACCUGCAGUCUGGGGCCAAAGAUGACCGGAGCUUCCAACCACCUGAUGCUUCCAUGGACUCUAGUGUCGAUGUCGGAGGUGGGCAGCAGGCCCAAUCAUCCAGGCAGAUUUGCCAGACGUUUUACCAACGGAGUGAUUUUGAAGAUACACUUAUCAGCUAUGACCUGUCCAACCGUGGGAUUGACAUCUCUGCCUUAUACCACUCCAGCUUCCAGGACUACAACACCUACCAAGGAAACAAAUACCACAAGGACGAGAACACCCUGGGCUACAUCAACCUUGGUACCAGUGAGAAGAAGAUCUGUAUUGAUCUGCUGGCUGAAAGGUUGACUCGGACUGACAUGCUGUACAUUGAUGAAGACCUACUGCAGUAUCCUGAUUGGAGAAUGCAACCAUUCCUGCGGAAAGAAGUAGCCCAGUUCCUGACCUCCGACUGUAAGGCACCUGCCCACCUUGACCCAGAAAAUGUGGUUGUUCUAAACGGCUGCUCCUCUGUCUUCUCCGCACUAGCCAUGGUUCUGUGUGACCCAGGUGAGGCCUUUCUGGUCCCCACCCCCUCCUAUGGUGGCUUUAUCUUUAGUACUCACCUGUAUGCGAAAGUUGAACUGGUUCCUGUCCACCUGGAGAGCCAGGUCACUGAGGCGAGCGCCUAUCCAUUCCAGCUCACCGUGGACAAGCUGGAGCAAGCCCUGCUCGGGGCUAAGAUUGAGGGGAAAAAGGUCAGAGGCCUUGUGCUAAUUAACCAUCAGAAUCCUCUGGGAGACAUCUACUCCCGAGACUCAGUGAUGGAAUAUCUGGAAUUUGCCAAGAAGUACAACCUACAUGUGAUUAUAGAUGAGAUUUACAUGCUGUCUGUGUUUGAUGAAGCCAUCCCAUUCCAUAGUGUUCUGAGCCUGGAGAGUUUUCCUGACCCCAACAAGACCCAUGUGAUCUGGGGCACCAGUGAAGGUUUCGGCAUCUCUGGCUUCCGCUUUGGCACUCUGUACACCUGCAACAGGGAGGUGGCCUCUGCCGUUAGCUCCUUUGGCUACCUCCACAGCAUCUCUGGCGUCACCCAGUACAAGCUGUGUCAGCUGCUCCAGGACAGAGAAUGGGUUGACAAUGUGUACCUGCCCAUUUAUUGCUUCCGGCUGCAGGAGGCUCACAGGUACGUUACUGACAAACUGAAGGUAUUGAAAGUCCCUUUUCUCAAUCGUGGCUCUGGCCUCUAUGUCUGGAUCAACUUAAAACAGUACCUGGACCCAUGCACAUUUGAGGAAGAGCUGCUCCUCCAUUGCUGCUUCCUGGACAACAAGCUGAUUUUGUCCCGUGGCAAGACCUUCGUGCUAAACCAGCCUGGCUGGUUCCGCCUCAUCUUUGCAGCUAGGCCCCUCCUGCUAAGAAGCGCCCGACCCGGCGCGGACGGUCCCGAGUGCGAGUGCCUGGGCCCGGGUGCCCUGCGCACAGCGGCGGAGAGCGAGUCCGGGCGACUGCGCGUGCCUGAGUGCCGGCGGCGGCUCCUCCAGCUCCGCAAGCCGGGAGCCGGCGCCCGCGAGGCGCCCGCCGCUCUGCAGGGGUCUUGCGCUCUGCCUUCCGCCCUGUCCGCCCUCUCGUGGAUCUCCGAGGCCCGGCCGCGCGGGUUUCGGGCUCUGGACUCGCCGCCGCCCCGCUGGACGCCCCGAGCCCGCCCUUCGCUCCCGCACGGCGCGCGCGGAGCCGGGGCCCGGCCGGCCCCCACCUCCACCCCGCCUCAGCCCCUCUGA